UAUUUUUAUUUAUUUGAUCGAUUAUAUUAAAAAAAACUACAAGCAACCCUGAAAUUGGCAAGAAUAAGUAAAAUUCCACCCCGUUUCAAAAAUUCGCUCAUAUUUACGUAGCAUUAUUCGAUUGCGGGGGUUGUAAACCUUGUUGUGAGUCAAAUAUUUCUAUGUCCCUGAUCGAUUAUAUUAAAAAGAUAUACAAGCAACCCUUAAAUUGAAAAUGUUUCGGCCCUCUCUACUGCACAGUUGUUUUUGGACGCUGUAUAAUCGCCAAUUAAUAAGCGACUUACUGGACAAUCACGUAAAGAGGAAGGCAACUGAUGUGUUUAUCUAAAACUAGACUAUAAAUUGCGAAGACCUUCAGUGCAGAAUCUCUUUGUUGUUUUGCUUUCACAUGAUGAAACAAUCAAAAAACUUACUCAAAAUUGUUGUAGUUGGUGAUAACAAAGUGGGAAAAACUACAUUAAUCAGAUGGAAAACAAGUGGUUCCUACCAAGAUUUAACUGGUCCAAGCGAAGUAUUUUAUCCCACUUCAUUUAGUGUUGAUAGCAAAUUAUCGCUAGCUGGCUUUAUCACUGAUUGUCCCAGCGGAAGUGAUUAUACGACAAUCAGGUCGUGUUUGUAUAAAAAUGCCAAGGUGAUCUUAGUAUGCUACUCCGUCGACGAUGAGCUCUCCUUUUUUCACGUGGUGCGCAAGUGGGUCCCAGAAAUUACUAAGCACCAAUCCCGAAUUCCAUUUAUUUUAGUGGGUACGAAGAGUGACUUAGUGGCGAAAAUAUCGACAAACGAAGGCAAGCAGUUGGCUGAGAAAUUACAUGCGGCUGCGUUUCUGGAGUGCUCUUCCAAAGACGGAACCGGAAUAAAGGAAGUUUUCACAACAGCUCUUAAUAUUUAUACUCGAUCUUUUGCAUAUAAGCGUAGAAAUAAGAGACCAUGUAAUAUUAUGUGAUUGCGACAAUAUAAUCUAAUCAGAUUUAUGAGUAA